GUACUGAGUAGCCCCUCCGUAAAACAGCUUCUUCUAGGCCAGUGGUCAGACAUGGCGUGCCCCCUGGAUCAGGCCAUCGGCCUUCUCGUGGCCAUCUUCCACAAGUACUCUGGCAAGGAGGGUGACAAGCACACCCUGAGCAAGAAGGAGCUGAAGGAGCUGAUCCAGAAGGAGCUCACCAUUGGCUCUAAACUACAGGACGCUGAAAUUACGAGGCUGAUGGAGGAUCUGGACCGCAACAAGGACCAGGAAGUAAACUUCCAGGAAUAUGUCACCUUCCUGGGGGCCUUGGCUUUGAUCUACAACGAAGCUCUCCAGUAAUGGAAAGGCAGAGAUGCCCU